AUGUCAAUUAAAUCAUACUUAACAAAUUUAAGACAACAAUUGAAGUCCAAGUCCUUGAACUCCCCACUUACCGUUGUCACUGGUAAUCAGUCAGCUGACAUGGAUUCAGUUGUUAGUGCUUUAACUUUUGCUUAUUUUUCCAAUUUGCAUAGUAAACAGUACAUAAUUCCAUUGAUUAAUAUCCCUAGAAGAGACUUGAAAUUAAGAAGAGAUAUAGUAACGUUAUUAGAUUACUAUUCUAUAACCGAGGAUCUUUUGUUUUUUGUAGAAGAUUUUCAAAACAUUGUCAAGGAAUCAGAUCAAAUAUUGAUCAAUUUGGUUGAUCACAACAACAUCCAAGGAGAUGAACUACACGAAGCAUUUGGAGCCGGAAAACUUAAAGUGGUAGGAAUUAUUGACCACCAUGAGGAUGAAGGACAAUUUGUUGAAUCGCAACCAAGAAUUAUACGUACUUGUGGGUCAAACUCCAGUUUAGUUUUCAAUUAUUUUUACAAUGAAUUCUUUAAAAGUAAUACCUCAAAAUUCUUAGAAACUCAACUUGAAGCUAUAAAGUUAUUGUUGGGACCGUUGCUCAUUGACACUUCCGGUAUGACUCAAAAAGUCGAAGAACCAGAUACGGAAGCCUUUUCCAUUUACCAAAAAGCAUUAGAAGGAGAUGAAAAAUUUAUACAGUUGUUUGCAAAUUCUGGAGAUAAAGAUCCAUACACCAACUACUAUUCUACUUUAAAGGCAGCUAAGAAAGAUGUCUCAGGAUUCAAAUUUGUUGAUCUUUUGCGUAAGGACUACAAACAAUUUACAUUUGAUAGUGGUGACAGAGUUGGGUUCAGUUCAGUCACUAAGGCAUUCAAAUGGAUUGUGGCCAAUUACUCCAAGGAAGAAAUCGGAAAAACAUUGAUCAAAACACUUGAAGAGAACAAUAUUGAUUUAUUGAUUAUUGGAACUCAUUUCACUCGGAAGGACAAUGACAAGUACACAAGAGAAUUCGGUUACUAUUACAAAAAGCUGGAAAACGAAAAAUUCAACAAUUUGCACAAUUUGGCAGAAACAAAAUUGCAACUCAAUAAUGAAGUUUAUGGAGCCGACAAGAUUGUAUCAACAGUUGAAACCUUAAGCAGCCACGGUAACUUCAAAGUAUUUAACCAAGGAAAUAUAAGUGCGUCAAGAAAGCAAGUUGUUCCAAUUGUAAAGGAGAUUCUUGAAAAUUGA